CCUCACCCGUCAGGGCUGAAGGCCGGUGAGGGGGGAUGUUUGAGGGCUAAUGAGCCUUGAGCCUGCGGAAUGACUCCCGCCUCAUCCUCCCCACUCAUGACUGGAAAAACGGUGUCAUGGUUACGAGAGAGGGCAGGCACGUGAGGCAGGCCAUUAGCGGGGAUUAAGGUCCCACUGAGGGAGGGGUGGGGGGCGGCUGAGCGAUUCCUUUAAGGACAUUUUGCUGAGCACGGGAAGCUGUGCCUCCCCUGACAGUCUGGCCCGGCCAAUGAUGCCCCCUGGAUGAUUCCUGCUUGCCGUCCCAGCUGACAAUACCCGCUGGAUAAUUUCUGAUGGCCCAGCCAAUGAUGCCCCCUGGAUGAUUCUUGAUGGCCCAGCUGACAACACCUGUUGGAUAAUUCCUGAUGGCCCAGCCCGGGCAACGACGCCCGCUGAAUAAUUCCUGCCGUCCUGUGGGGGAAAUGUGAAGCAGGACUAGCAGGCUGUAGUGGCCAUAUGACGUCGACACAGACCCGUGUUUUCAUUGCUCCUGUUACCCUGCCCUCAGUGACCUCCCUGGAAAUUGACAUGACAUUGACCACCCCCCCCCGUUGACAUCGAGGUCUGUGGCUUAAAUCCAUCCUCUUUGUGUUUCAUAUGUGUUCCCAGAACUUGGAAGUCUGGGAUUCUGAAUCUGAGCACAUACGGACACUGGGCUCACGAGCAGAGCUCGGACCUCCUGUCCUGUUCCCCGGAGUGUGGGCCUGUUGGUGAGGCUAACGGGAUUACCACAGUUUGUCUUAAGCUGCUUAAUCCAUUGGGCUGGGUCAGGCUGGCCUAUGACCUGUGAGGGAGAAGCUGUUACUCGCUGUAGGUGGGGCCGCUCACAUAAUUUAAGGUGGAAUGAAGAGGCAUUUCUGGCAGACCAAAGUCUGCAGCCAGUACUGCACCAUGCUGAUGCACAGUCACCGUGACUUGAAGCCUUGAGGUCCAGUCCUGUCCAUCCUUGACCCGGCCGGUCACUCACUAAGCGCCGGUCACCAAGGGUUUGGCCUUUUGAGAAACCGGGAAACGCAGGUUUGUGAGUGGGCAGAGGUGGGUACACUGAAGAACCGGGGAGGUUUUUAGAUGCCAGCCUGUAGACACCGUGUCAGCAGGGACGACGUGGCCACGUAGGCACAGCUGGCCUGAAGAGCAUGAGAAAGACGACACAGGUAUGGAUUCUGUGGUGAAGAGGACCCUGGCCGCCCCCUUCAAGCACCUCACAAGCUGCGUGUCCAGGGCCGAGGAGGGUGGCGAUGAGAGCAGAGCGAGGAGCCCCCCCACGGGGAGCAGGCUGGGUGCCCUGCCAGCGGCCCAGAUGCGUUCCUAUCGCGCCGAUUUAGAGAAGGAGAGGAAACUGCGGGCAGCCAGGGACGUGCAGAGGAAUGCGGAGCGUGCCGCGCUGAGGGCUCACUACCGGAGCAAGUACCGCCUGGCCGAGAGUCAGAAGGAUAUGAACCACUUGAAGGCGGUGGGGGGGAAAGUGGCCCUCCCCCGUGACCUGGCCGCAAUGGUGCGGCCCAGAGACCCCCCCGGACAUGAUGGGCAUGACCUGCUUAGCGCCUUGCGCCGCCUCAAGCCGAACGUGGGAAUGCAGCCAGGUUGCCCACGGACACCAACGCCCACCCCAGGCGCCGAGCAGUGCAGGGUCAUGUGAGGUGCUUCUGUCAGCUUAUUACAUGCUAACUGCUAAUUCGGUAUGUGAUGUAGGUAAACAGAAACUGGCGUUGCUAGUGUCUGAACCCUCCCUAAGUGUCACAGCUAAAAAAUGCUGCUCCUCUAGCAUGUGACUGUUAAAAUGUGAAGGGUGGAGUAAGCAUGUCACUGGAUAGGGGGCGCCGUGACUCAUCUCAUUCUGGCCUGGGUAUUUCAGCUGCCAGGGGCGUGUCGUGGUCACAUGGAUCCCACUGCUGCGUCCAUCUCUCCACUGAGUACGCCUCUGUUACCAGAAUGCUGCGUGUCUUCGUUUUAGCGCAGGUGCCGGGUAAUGAUGUGAAACGCACCGUCUAGCAGGUUGAUCGCCCCGUCAGGCUUUGCUGGAACUCUUCUGGACUUUUCCAUCCGUGUGACAUGGUCUGUGAUCACACACACACACACACACACACACGUCAUUUUCUUCCCCAGAUAAUUAGCACGCUGUGAGAAUUCUUAGUGCGGCCUCUGGUUCAAUUCGAAAGAUGCCCCUUUUCCUGAGGGCUGAUUUUCUGCAUUCUGAACGCUGCCGUCAAGAUUUGCCACCUUGUAACCUCUAGUAUGGAUGUACACCAUUCCAUGUGUGUCUUUUUGAUGGUUUCACUGGGGACAUACUGGCCAUGUUGUUGAAUGUUGUCAUUCCCAGUGACCCUUGAGAUAUUCCCAGUUACGUCACACUGCAUAACAUAAACUGUAUGUUCAUGUCCAUAAUAAAAUGUCCUUUUGCCAA